AUGUCUUUCACUGAUCGCUACUCUGUUAGCAAUACAAUGCUGAGAGAUGGGAAUUCACCAGAUUGUAUUGCUGGCACGUCGGAGCAGCCAAUGCAGCGAAGAUUGAAUUGUGCCCAGCUUGAGGAUCGGGGUGCUGCAGCAGUAAUACAAGGAGCUUGUGUGUAUACACAACUGAGCGUACUACCAAAUGAACAGCUAUUUGGUAAAUUAUACGAAUCGCUGGCAUUGGAAACGAAAUUCCAGCCAUCAUUGUUCCUGCCAGAGGAUUCGAAUAAUGGUGAAGUUACUGUUGGCGCACGAGACGGAGCAGCGCAUGUCUUGCGUUGUCUGAAAAUGUGGUACGAUUUCCCAAGUGAUGUACUUUUUGUGGCCGUAAAUCUGGUGGAUCGCUUUCUCACCAAAAUGCGAGUGCGUCCCAAGCAUAUGGCUUGCAUCAGUGUUGGAUCGUUCCUGUUGGCUGUACGUCAAUUGAAAUUGAACAUUGCUGACACCGACGAUUUGGUAGCGAUUUCGCAAUGUCGUUGCACAUCAGGCGAUGUUGAACGCAUGUCGACUAUUGUUGCAAGCAAGCUUGGCGUUCAAAUGGAGGCCGCACCAAUUACACCACUAACAUUUCUCCGCAUUUUCCACAUCGUUCUGCACCGCGUUGCUGUGGAAUUGAAUCUUCAGGCGUUCUUUGAGUCGACCAUGAUCUUUCAUGAUUUGGUCGCACGAUUGGAAAUUUUAGCAUGCGAAGCCAGCUGUGCUAGUAUGCGUGCAUCGGAAUUGGCAUUGGCAUUGAUAUGUACACAUCUCGACGAGAUGAUUGCGGCCAAACUUGGUUCGGACAAUGAUCAUGUUCAGGGUCUUGUACAAUAUGCAAUUCAAUUGCAAAAUCUAUGCAAAAUCACCGAACAUGGAUUCUUCGAGACGCACAAAAUCGUUGUUAACAUUUUGGAACAUUACAAUGGACAACAGAAACUACCGCAUCGUCAACGUUUGGUCUGGAAACUCUCGUCAAGAACAUUACGAGUGCUUCGUCCAACCGAUCGUCUAACAUCCCAUCUACCAACAAUUGAGGAAGACAACAAUCAUAACCCACUGCGAACAAGAACUGGCAGUGUUUGCUCUGAAGAAGGUGAAGAUUGGCCAACAUCUCCUAUUCUUCCAAUCUAUGAAAAGUAGAAUCUGCGUGCACAUCCCAUUCAUCGAGAGAAGGAAACUUUUUAUGAACAACCAACCCAAACACCACCCGAGUGUGAAUUGAGGGAUUUAAAUUUGUCAACAACAAGAAAAAGCAAUCUUUAAAAUCAUACUUCUUUUUUUUCUUCAUUUUAUAUCUCUCUGUAAGAGGGAUAGAAAAAAAAACCUAUUCAAAUUUGAAUUCAAUCUUGAAACAAUUGACUCCGAAAAAUCGAAAAUGUAAAAAAAAGUUUAAAAUUUCUUUCCUAAUAACAUCCAACAAAAAAAAAAGAUUAAAAAAUGAGAUACAAUAAUUUAAAUGUUGUCGAAACAAAAAGAAAACAAAAAAAUGUACUAUUCAGGACAUCCAGAUUGAUUGCGUUUAGAAAAAAAAUAUUGUGUUGUAUGGAACGUGUGUGUAAAAUUUCGAAAAUAUUAAUUAAUUUCUGAGAAUAUGAAAAAAAUGAAUAACAGAAAAUACGAUGAAAACGAUAAAUGAAAAGCAAGCAAAAAUGAUGAAUACAUUUUCAAAGGAAAUAUAUUAAUAUAACGCGAAGCAAAAA